AUGUGCUCCUGCUUCAGCCAGCCCCGAAAUGCGCUGACUCGGAGCAAUCUUGGGCAAGGCGAAGUAAUCUCCUCUUCGGCAUUCAGUCGCUCGGCAUACCUGGCGGAAAGCUCGGGACAAGCUCGCAGGGCGUGGUCAUCAUUAGCGUCCGACUCGACACCAUCUCUGACCACAGAUAGAAAGGGAAAGGGGAGAGCGCAGCUUUUGCCCACUAUCCCGGCCCAUUUGAGCAGGAGCGAAUCCCUUGUUCGUCUUCUCAGACAACGGCAUCGACUCGUAUCGAGUCGUACAUUUCACACAUCUUCUCCAAAUCAUGCGAUCCCGCUGAUACCAGCUGGAAUAGGCAUAUUCAAGUCGACAACUGUCUUAGCCGUUGCGACAGGUUUUGCUCGCAUUCUCAUCUCCUUCUUCCCUAUCGGUACCAUUGCCAGUCUAAGAAUUCGGCGCUCCUCACAAUGGGUCAACGCAAACAUAACAAAACCAGAGAUCAGUCUCGAGGCGGAAGAGUUCUGGAAAAUGUGGUGCGAAGGAGAGCAACCGGUCCAACUAAAAAAGGCCGCGGAUGCUCAGCCUUUCGCUAAUGCUGUGAGACGCGAUGACGGGGGAGUGCAAGCUCCCGAUGGACGAGUGGCCUAUCCGAUACCAAUGCCACCUCGUUUCGGACGUCGAGGACGCGGCAUGAAUAAUGAAGACGAAGAGAAAGCAUUGAAGGAGAAGUGGUGUGGGCGACCAUCUCAGGCUGCGAAGUGGUUUAUGCGCUCUCACUUUUUCCUACCUCCACUUCCCUCUGCCUCCAUAUCGUUCUAUGAUGCGCUUCAGCCUCAAGUUCGCGAUGAUAUCAACAGCUAUCGGAGGUACUGGCUCGGAAUGCGAGCUUGGAAGCAAAACUUGCAUACCUGGCGAGCGAUUGUCAUGGUAUUAUUCGGCCUUCCUUUCUUACUCCUUACAGCGACAUAUCUGCUCGGAUUGGAGCGGGUCCCGUUGACAGGAAGAUGGAGGAUUAUCUUAUUGUCGCCAGAAGAGGAGGCUACAAUAUCCAGUAGUCUGGAAGGUCCCAACUGGUACAAGAGUGUACUCAACAUCUUGACAACGCCCGAAGCGCCAGCACCGCCCAUACUUUCCUACGCAGACUGGAGAUGGCAUUGGGUAUCCAAUGUUCUGCGACGGCUCGAGUCUGGCGUGCUGGCAGAAUGCCAUGGUGAGCCCUUACCAUAUGGCUCGCCAAUCAUUCCGGUUCCUUCCGCCGUGUAUCCCGUUAAACCCCGACCGCGUAUGUCCUGGAUGUUGCACUCGCAUCUGCCAGGCAGUGACAUUCCUUCAAAACCUUCGCACUUGGAGAUUGGCCCGCCAUACAGCCUACUGCUUCUGGAGAAGAGCGAAGAGAAUGCUUUUUCCUAUGGUUUUGGCGGCAAAGGCGCUGGAGGGGUCGUUGUGUACACGGGAUUACUGGACAGUAUCUUGGCGAGCGGUCAAGAGGUGGAGCCUGAGCCACUUACUGCUCGUACCGGCGUGUCUGGUUUCUUUUCCAGCUUGUUCUCUGGCUUGUUCGGACCUGCCCCUGCGCCUCACCCUCAGCCUACAGAAGCUCAGAGCCUUCGACUGGCCUCAGUUCUGGCCCACGAGAUGGGUCAUCUGAUCCUGUCCCAUCACCUUGAAACUCUGUCCCAGCAGCAAGUCCUCUGGCCGAGUGUCUUGGGUCUGAGUAUGGAUCUUACAAGAGCUUUCAUCUGGCCGCUCACCUGGAUACUCGGACCCACCGUGAACGAUGCAUUGGCGAACGUGGGCAAAACCAGUGCGGACGAGAUGGCCGAUCGAUAUGGUCAGAUUGGGUUCCAGUGGAAACAUGAAUAUGAGGCAGAUCUUGCCGGAUUGAGGAUCCUGGGACUGGCUGGCUAUGAUCCCCGAGCAGCACUAUCCUAUUUCUCUGACUCGGUUGCAACGCUACACGAGAUUCAACCCUUAGAUCAGGCCAAUAACAGCUGGACAAAUUCCUUAUUUAGAUUUUGGGUACGCAGUACGCAUCCGACACCUGAGCAGCGAGGUCGAGCGAUACACAACGAGCUGGAAAGAUGGCAGCAGGAGGCGGCGAACGUGGCGAGCCUGUAG